AUGCUGAGCUCGGUGUCGUCGCUGAAGGGCCUGCUGGAGGGGGGGCCGCGCGUCGACAACUGGGCGUGCUGGCUGCACCACGGGCUGACGUUCGCGGCGCUGCUGCUGUGCUCGGUGGUGGUGUCGGCGCGCCAGUACGUGGGCGACCCCAUCGACUGCCUGUUCCGCGGCGCCGGCGAGCACCGCACGCUCGACGCCUACUGCUGGGUGCAGUCCACCUUCACGUCGGCGCGCGCCCUCGACCCGGACGAGGAGCGGGCUCACCCCGGGGUGGGGCCCGAGGCUCCGGGGGAGCCGAUGCGCCACCACGCCUACUACCGCUGGGUCUGCUACGUGCUGCUCUUCCAGGCCGCCGCCAGCGUCGCGCCGCACUGCCUCUGGAGGGCCUACGAGGGCGGCGCCGCAGCCAGCGCGGCCACCAAAGAGGGCUUGCCUGGCGCUGGCAGGUUGUUGCUGGGACACAGGGGCAAUGGCGCCUUCACCGGCUGGGUCAUCCUCUUCUGCGAGGCUCUCAACUUCGCUGUCGACGUCGGCCAGAUGUUCUUCAUGAACCUCUUCCUGGACGGCGAGUUCUUUCGGCAUGGCUUCGAGGUGUUCCCCGAGUCUGCACUGGGUGAGGAGAGCCGCGAGGACGCACUGGCACGGCUGUUCCCCAGGGUGACCAAGUGCUCCUUCCGCCAGUACGGGCCUUCCGGGGACGUGCAGAUGCUGGACGGGCUGUGCGUGCUGCCCAUCAAUGUAUUCAACGAGAAGGUCUACGUGGUGCUCUGGUUCUGGUACUGGGUGCUGGCCUGUAUUGCAGCCGUCAACCUGUUCUACCGGGCCAUCCUCGUGGUGUCCCCAUCAGUUCGCGAGUGGCGCCUCAGAGCUGGCUUCUUGUGCAACACAGACGACGCCAAGUACUUCGCCAGACGGUCGUCGUUCAGCCAGUUCAUGCUGGCCGUGACGCUGGGCAGGCAGCUAGGAGGCCGCGAGGAGUUCAGAGACCUGCUGGCAGAGGUGGUCAGGGACAUGAAGCAGCAAGUGGAGGAGGCGGUGCAGGCCAAGAUGGGGGGCGCGCGAUACAGCGUGGGGCUCCCCGUCCGAGGAUCCUACCGGGUCAACUGCAACGGCACCAAGAAAGCCCACCACGCUGACCAGACUUCCACUGGUGGUUCUGAGCCCCCGGCUACUUGCGAGAAGCAACUGUACAGUAAAGAGCCUUCUCCUGUUGGGACUUCAGAGCUUCAGGGCUUCAGAGACAGGCUGUUAUCCAGUCACACUCGCGAAUUCCCUAUUCAGUCAGCCUACAAAGUCAGUUGCGACAGUGGCAAGCCAGCUGACCAUUUGGGACAGUCCUCCAAUGGCGGUUCUGAGCCCCCCGCUACUGCCAGGAAGAAGCUGUCCAGUAAAGAACCUGCUCCUGGUGCGACUUUAGAGCCACCUAACGACAGGCGUUUCUGCACUUACACCACGGAAUAUCCUGAUCGAUCGGCCUACCUGGUCAGCUGUGACGGUACCAAACCAGCUGACCACACAGGUCAAUCAGUCGGUGGAAGUUCCGACCCCCCAGCUGACGGCUCGCAGCAGCAACAAGGUGCCGACCCUGGUCCUGUUGGCAAGUGCUCGAGCAUGGCUUCUGACCAUUCCAGUAACAAGUUGUCUACCAGUCGCAGUCUGGCACAAUGUUCUGCAAGAGGAGCUAGGUCGACCAGUACGGAAUGGCCCUUGUCAGGGGGGCGCAUGUUCGCAGAUGAUCCAAAACGGCGCCAGACAUGGGAGGUGCCUCGUGACAAUGACAAUGAUGGCGCCCUCUGCCCCAGUUCGGAUCUCUCACGUAUGGGACUUACUGUGAGGAAGUGCAUAGAGAAGAUCGAGAAGAUCGAGACGUCUUCGUCAGGUCAGGAGAGUCAUGCAGGUCUAAAGGACAAGUCACAGAAGGACCGACUGGAACAAGAUCGUUACUCGAUGCGGGAGCCUCCAGCCGCUAUACGUACAGAACGGGAGACACCGAAAUUCCCAGAUAAUCUGUCCAUCGGAGAUGAUAAGGACAAGGUGUCUUGUGUCUGAAUGCUGUCCAGUAACACCACAGCAAGCGAUUCGCCAGCGGACCUAGAAAAUGUUCCAGCCAACUGGAGAAGAAGAGUCACUCCAGCUACGCACAUGUCCUCACCUGCGAUUCUUCCAGGCAGGAAUAUAAUGCAUUAGCAGCACCAUAUUUGUCUCUGGCGAGUCACCUACGACAACAAACAUACCAGCAGCAUCUGUUAAACUAAGUAUUAGUCAUAAUUCAACGCGUA